AUGACGGCACAGUGUCCAGUGUUGUACUGUCGGCGCAGCUCUGCCCGCUUCCUCGUCAAGGGCAGCCGGAGCAGUGGCCGCCGUGCUGACAUAGCUGCUAGUAGUGAUGAGCAUAUGAGUAGGCCGUGGAAGCUCGUGAGUCAGAGUGCAGACCUCGAGGUGACUGAAGAGCGUUUUGCAGAUUGGGCACUGUGGUUAUCAACGUGUGACAGCCCGGACCAGCAGGCCCCCGCGCUCUCAGCUGCGCAGCGCCUGGCAGACCGCAUCUGGGACUACGGACUGUCGCCGCCGCCAGCAGGUGGAGCGUUGGAGGGAGGGGGCUGCGCCGGCGCCCUGGCGCAGCUCCGCCGCCUCACGUGGGACGAAUCCUGGGAACUCGUCAAGGAGCUCGAGUGCCGGAUCGCCGACGACUGUAUCGACUCCUGCUCUGUACCGAGAUCAAGAUUCAACCUCAUCCAAACGGCACAGGAGAGACAUGGCAACGUCUUGAAAACGUGGUAUUAUAGUGGAGGUGCUGCUCGUGACUAUGGCGCCAAGGAGCAGACGAAAGUGAAAGCUGUGCUUCUACAGAAGUCUGAUCCACUGGCUUGUUCACCAGUCCGUCGUCUCCCGUCUUGUGCAGAGCUCCAGGCCCAGGCGGCUGUUUUCCGGGAACGCUUCUCCAGCUACUUGCGGGACUUCGCGCAGCUGCUCUCACACGGUGCGGCGCACUUCUCACAGCUGUUGGUUCCCCUCGCAUUCAAAAGUAUGGGUAACCACACGAGUGAUCAGCAACUCCACGGUUGGAUUAAGGACAUGGAACGUGUGAAAGAAAUGCUGCGCACGAAAUUAACCGGAUGGUUACAGGACUUGCAAUUAGCCAGCAAACAGGUGGAGCACUACGAGGUGGAAGAAGACAAGGACGAGCCAGGGGACUUGAUACUCAGUGGUGGGGGCGAUGGGGCGGGCCGCGGUGUGGGGCUGGCGACGGUGUUGGCGACAGAGCCAGCGGCAGAGGCUGCUGGAGAGGGAGUCGACGGUGGCGCAGGUGGCGGCGACGGUGGUGGAGCAUUUGACGGAGGCAGUGGCGAAGGAGCUGCCGGACUACGGCUCUCUCUUGUGUGCUACAGGCGGCCGCUGUUGAGUGAACGCCUGCUGCGCUAUCAGCCGUGGAGCCCCUUCUUUGACGACGACUACAGUGCGCUGUGCAAGGAGCGGCAGCCAGAGGCGUCGCAAAUGUUCAGCCUCGCUGACGAACUGUACGCCUUCCAUCGUGUCUACUGGUACACUACAGCUGAGUACAUCGAUUCAUCCUACGGAAACCGUUUCAAGAUUGUAGACGAGGAGUGGCAGCUGGAGGACAGAAGCCACGCUACGCUCUCCGUGGACACUGACUGCGUGCAGCUGUUGGUGAACGCCCUGGACCACCCCACGUGUCCGCUGGAAGACCUGCCACUGGAAGCCGUGAAGCAGCGCGAGCGUUGCCGCGAGCAGCUGUGGGACGACGUGGUGCAGAGGUCGCCCCACAUACCCGUCACCAGCUACCUGGCCUACACGCAGAGGAUAAACGUCAACCUCUGUCUGCUGGCCUGGAUGGCUGUCAACUCGUACGGCAUUUGUCAAGACGUCCCGUUUAGUAUAAUACGGUCCGUGCACGAUGCUCGCUGCUAUUUCGAUAGUCCUGAUGAUCAAUCAUGUCUGCAAUCGAACGCUACAGACGCCAUCUGCUCUGUUUCCAGAGCUAUUCUGUUGCUAAAGUGUCGCAACUUUUCCUCCAUCAGGACUUCCCAUAAUUGUACGUCAAGUAGUUUCGGACUUGGAUUAUUCCGUAGUAGAAGCAGUGUACUGUAUCAAAAGCUAACAGAAGAAACACUGAACUACAAAAACAGUUUAAACAACGCCACCUUGAAGUACAAGGAUUUCAAAAUCGACAGCUUGAAGCCUUUAGAAAUCUCAUUUAUACUGAUAAAUAUCAUUUUCCGUUUUUCGACUGCCGGAGUAUACAUGUACCUUCCCCAGUUACGCAACUUGCCUGGAAAGAUACUCUUGUCGUUUCAGAUCACGUGCAUAGUCCAGAUCCUGUGUUCUGAGGUCGUGUAUCGUAUGGCAGGCGUCCCUGACUUACCAACAGCAGUGCUGAUAGACAGCGCCCUCACACUUCUCAGCUGUUUCUGGCUGAACUCAUUCUGCUACCACAUGUACGCUUGUGUUCGCCAUCUCAGGCUUCCUAACCAGCUACUACCUGCUGAAGUAAGCCAGUUAUUCCGUCGUGAGGUGCUGUGUGUGCUUAUACCGUGGAGUAUAGUAUGUGCGGCAGCUGUUGCUUUGGAAAAGACGAGUAAAUAUUACCUGAUCCACAGUCGCAUAGUAGUCCUUGCAGGGAUUUCAGUGUCUGUGACAUUCAAUUUGGUUUGUCUCGGACUGCUUGGAUACAUGUACCUGCGUAAUCGGAGCUCCAUGCGGCAACUCGAAAUUGUUGAUAACAAGAAAUUUGCCUCAAAGAAGGAAUGUCUUUUUAUGUCAGUUAAGGCCAUUAUAUUAAGUGGAACAGGAAUUAUUAUUAGAAUUGGGUUCCACCAGGCUCAGGGAAUAGCGCAGGUAGUGUACUAUAUGCAUCUAGUUACGAUGGUGCAAGGACCAGUGCUCUUCGUCUGUUUCGUUUGCAAUGGAACGACGCUCCCGAUACUGAAGAACAGGAUACUUCUUUGGUGGAACCCAACCAACAUCCCUGCAGCUCUAGAGCUGUGUUCGGCAGCCGAGAGGAAUCUGGCCAGGAGAAACAAUGAACAGUCUCCCUUUUCAGAAUCCUCGCUGUAGCCUCCUUCAGUAUUUUUCGCAAAUAACUGUCUCCACACUACACUGCAUUAAACCCAGCAAUAAAAUGGACUCUACCUGGUAUGACAAUAUUAAAUGUCAUUAAAUCUGAUAUCGUACAGCCAGUACUUCUCUGCCCAUAACGUCUCCUUCAUUUAUAACUGUGUGCUUAUUUGUGAGUGGUAGCCUCUGUCUACCUAUUCUAAUGCACUGAGACUACUCACUAAAAUUGUUGGGAAAUGCUUCGUGUAUACAAUAGGCUGCGUUAAUCACACGGCCUGUUAUAUACAAAGAAAACGCAGCACGUUGUCGGAGGAAUUCCCUUCGUCAGUGUCAUCUACCGUGGCGAUGAUGCAUUUCUGGACAUAUGUUCGU